CAAAGCAAACAAGGGUUGCGAGGCUUUAAAAAGGGUCAACUCAGCUCAGUUUGGGUCAAAGUUGAAAAGGAGCCAUGGCGACUCGUCUCUGCAUACGGAACUUAAUUUUCCUUGGCCUCCUGGCUGGCAGCCAACUUCAGGUUCCAGUCGCAGAAGUGGACCACAAACUGGACCCCGAAAUAAGUUUAUUGUUCGAUCUGGCAAAGCAAAUGCAGGAGGACAUGGGAAUUAACAGCAUUAUUCUGUAUACGGGUCACUUUGAUCAGAGGCCUUCAGUUCAACAACUACUUAUGGAUGAGUUUUCAUUGCCCAUUUAUUGCGUUGGAUCUGAUCUUGGACCGGUUAAACACCGAUAUCUAUUUGCCGAAAUGUUGGCGGUAGUUCUCUUCACUGGCUUCGAUGAUCCAACACUCGCCGCUCUCGAUGACCCGGAACUUCGUCAUAUCGAAAAGGUCUUUAUAUUUAUCUACGCUCCGCUGGAUGUGGAAAAAAGAUUUGAGAAGGAAUCCAUUCAAAAGUUUUUCGAGCUUUGCUGGGAUCUGUGGUUUGAUCGGGCAAUGAUCAUUAUUCGCGGCGAGUCUGAGUUGGAAUUGUGGUCCUACUAUUAUUUGGGAGGUGUGCAUACCAGUCCAGUCGACCUUUCAACCACCCUAUCGACAGCAAUCCGACGGGAUAACCACAGGUUUCUCCUUCAGGUUGUUAAUGAUUUCCCAUCAAUUUUUUGGUACAACUCAUCGGAACAAGCAGAUGUGACUGGCGGUGGCAAUAUUAGUUUGUCCGGAACCACUGGAUUGAUGAUGGUUGAGUUCAUGCGCCACCUAAAUGUCACCAUGGAUAUUAUUGUGAUGCCGGGACGGCAGAAAUACGAGGACGACAUUUCCUUGAGGCCAAGUGAUCAGCCCGUGGAUGUGAUAGCCAAUUUGGUGGACAACUCCAGCCUUAAGUAUAGUCCAGUGGUGGCUUACUCAAGGAUUUGCCUGGUAGUUUCGAAUCGAAGACGGAUUCCUUUGCACAGAUUUGUAGAAAGGGGUUUUCCCCAAAAAGCUCAAAGGAUUUUUAUGUUUUCAUGUUUGGGCAUCUUUCUGGUCAAGUACUUCGGCUAUCGUCGAAGAGAUUUUUUUCAUUCACUUUUGAGCACCUUUCGUUUUUACCUAGGAAUUCCUGUUCCCGCCGCGCAGUUGAAUCGAAUGCCGUUGUCGGAAAAGAUUUUGGAAGUAAUAAUAUUCUUCUUCGUUGGACUACUCAUAAGUGCAAAUAUUUCCGUAUUUUCAACCUCCCUUACAACCGGUAUUUUUGAGCCUGAGAUCACAAAUGCGGAAACGUUUCGAGCGAGUGGCCUCAAAAUUAUGACAGACGAUUCAUCUGUUCUACAGGCCUUUGAAAAUGACGUGGUCCUCAGUUCGCUCCUGGAUCUUGUAGUCGUUGUAAAUCAGUCGACUAUGUUUAACCAUGUCACUAGCUUGAACGAAAGCUAUGCCUAUGCAAUACGAACGCCGAACUGGAACUUGUUACAACUUUAUCAAGAGCGAAUGAAUAACAAACCCCUCAUGAUCGCCGGCGAGGAACUCUGCUCAAAAACCCACCAGAUGCGAAUUCCUAUUUCUCCAAGGUCGCCGCUAAAGUUCGUCUUUAUGGAAUACUUUUUAAGUGUUUAUGAGUCCGGACUCCCACAUAAAUGGCUACAAAUGAGUUUCGAUAAGGUCCGUGAGUUAGGAAACUUGAAAUCAUUGCCAUUGGAUACUGAAAGGAGUUUCAAACCUCUUACAUUUGAAUUUUAUGCAGCAAUAUUUAAAAUUUAUGUUUCUCUCUUGACUUUCAGCGUAAUAGUUUUUGUUAUGGAAGUGCUUUUGAAAAUAUAUUGGAAGUAA